GUCCGUACCUUGUUCGUUAUCUAUAUGAUUCUGUCUAUCAGCUAAUAAUAAAGAAUACGAAUGCAAUCUGUAUAUCUUUUGCUUUGACGGUUAGACGAUCAGGUCCCAAUGGCGGAGUUUGACAGAUCAUUCAGUCAAAGCAGCGAGGUUGCACGACGACAAGAAGGGCUAUGGCCGAUUUGUCCACUAAUUCAGAGAUCCCGGACGUGGGCUCGUUUUCAAAGCCUGACUUCGAUGUCAAAAGCUGGAUUAACCACACCAUCAAGUCGGUGGCAAAGGACAAAGACCAUCCGCUGACCAGUUCAGCUCAUACUGAAGAACAAACCAAUGUCAUGGUCACUCGCCUUCAACUUCUUGGGUCUCAAAUCUCACAGCAAGUCUCACAAACCACAGACGAAGUUAUACAGAGCAUACCUCUUAUUUUAUACGACAUGCAGCUUAUGAAGAACCAGGUGACGUCCAUCAAAUCUGGUAUUGAAGCGGUCCGUCGCGACAUGAACGAUGACAAGAAUGGCAACCGAAGUGCGAUCCAAAGACUUCGACAGCUCGAUUUGGUCAAGACGCGCAUGGAACAAUGUAGAACUGCGCUACGAGAGACAGAGAACUGGAGUAAUCUUGAACAGGAGACUAGAGCAACCAUUGAGACAGGGGAGUUUACAAAGGCAGCUGCUCAGUUGGCUAGUGCGCAGAAGAGCAUUAGCGUUUUUCAGAAUACACCAGACUUUGAGAAGAGGAAAAGUUUGUUGAAUCAGUUGCAAGAAGAACUUAAAAAUGCUAUACGGCCGCAGUUGGAUCUCGCGUUGAAGGAACAUGACGCCGUCACUUGUCACAACCUGUACAAUGUCUGCGCUCAAAUCGCUUUGCCCGAAGCUUACCUUGACGCCUAUUUCGAAUACUGCCAAAAACCCAUCGUACGACUCUGGGAGUCUGCUAAUUUGGUUGAGGAAUCUGAAAAUGCAAAGGUCACGUUUGAAGAAUUCCUUUCCAACUUUUUCAAAGAAUCCUUCAUCCUCAUCAGCGAGGAGUAUAACUGGUGUAGGAGUGUGUUCCCUGAUCCUCGGGAAGCCAUGCAAGCUUUUGUCCAAUAUCUCUUUUUAAAUCUCUCACCUUCGUUUGGCGAGCGCAUUUCGAAAGUACAAACGUAUUACGGCAACAACAGUCUUGCUCAUAUGGCCAACUUGUUUCAAGUGACAGAAGGUUUUGGUCUAUCACUUGAACGGCUAUUUUCGAAAUCCGUAGUGGCAGCAGCUGAAAAUGAUUCGCCUUCUGGCCACCGUAGAUCUGGUUCAAUUUCAGCACGACGCAAGAGUCAGCAGAUGAUGUCGCUCCCUUUGGCGCUUAGAACUUCCACAAAUAGUGAGCAAGAAGGAUGGUCUUAUGUAUUUUACGACCCUUUCUUGCAGAUACAGUCUCAAUUUGGCGAAAUUCAAAAAAAGCAGUUGGAGGCAAAAGCAACUGUCCUUGUACACAAGUUGGAAGCAAAACGAGGAGGUCUUGACAUCUCCCAGAUCCUGUCAUUCAAGUCAUCCGAUGCCUUCGACCUUGCGCGAGAAGCGAUUGAUGUCUGUCUCAAAUUGACCCACGGCUUUGCAGCGGCUGGACUGCUGAAGGAUUUGAAUGACUACUUUGUGUUUCUGACAAAUCAACUGUUGGCCAUGAUAAGUAAGCUAAAUCAAGAGGAAUCUGAUAAACGGAUCGAGCCUGUAAACGACAGCUCUCUCUCGGAUGAUGAUGAUGACCUUGCAGCUAUCCAGGACCAAGGCGACUGGUCACGAUUUCAAAAUGGAUUACGACUUUUGGCCAUUUGUAAAACCAUGAGCCAAGACCUUAGCUCAUUUGAAGGACAUGUGCAACAUAGCCUGGAAACGGUCAGAGACAUUGUAGAGGACAAGGAGCACGAUGAUAAAAGCUCAGACUUGGUUUCACCCAAGUCGACUCGACCGCCAUCCACUGGACCAUUCUCUGGUGGGCCUCAGUCCCGAGAGCAUAAGCGAUCUAGUGCUAGUUUUGAUUCUGCACCAGGUAAACUCAUUCGACGAGAAAGUGCAUCCUUUAAGCAAGCACUCAUGGCAGAACACCAUAACCCGCGGUAUCCAAGGGCCUCAGUGUCGUUGUUGAGGUCAUCUGCUUUGAACAGUUUCGAACUUCACCGACUAAUGUCCAGCAUUUCCAUGAUAACCGAAGAGGAAUCUGAACAAGCAACGACACAAAUUCGCUUCCUGUCUGCUGCCCAUCAAGCGAUCACAGCCUUUGCCUUGGCGUGUCAGACGAUUGUUUUCGACGUGGUGCUUAAUCCUGUCACGGACAACUUUAACAAAAUGGCUGAGAUGAACGAUGUUUGGACCGCCGAUGCUGAAGAAGAUGGUUACGAGGCUCGAGCUGCAGAUGGUAUAGAGCUACCUCAGUUCAGUCAGGCUCCUAGCGAAUACAUCACCAGAGUUGGAGAACAAUUACUCGUUCUUCCUCAGCAAUUUGAAGUAUACGCUGACGAUGAAGCUCUGGCGUUCAUGAUUGAUAAACUUCCUCAUAUUCAGAAAGACCAGCCAGUGGAUCAAGACACAUCCUCCCAAGACGAAACGGCGGAUCAAGUCAAUGUAGAAUUCGAUAAUGGCGUGAACACAGCAGAAGAUAUGGAUGCGUCAAUUUACUCCGAGCACAUUACGGCAUCGCCAUCGCCUUUACCAGGUGUAUCUGAGAGGCCGAUUUCACCUCAGGAAGAUUUACUGGCUGAAGUCAUUUUGCAAAAGUGGACUCUCGCCAUAUGUCAUGGCACCAUGCAGUCACUCAUAGAUCACAUCUCUGUCGACAUCCGUGCUUUGUCGCCUCAAGGAUCUCAGCAACUUCGUGUAGAUAUAGAAUACCUGGUCAACGUCUUAUCGGCUUUGGAUGUUAGACCCUCUCCCACCAUCAUUCAGCUUCAUAUGUUAUUGGGCUUGCGUGAUAACGAACUCAGUGAUCGACUAAAAGAUGACAAAGACGAUGCAGAUAAACUACUACAAAGGGUAGCUAGAUUAAGAGGCAUUCAGCUUUUGAAAUUGUAAGAAUUCUCUAUACCCUCUUUUAUUUUUGAUGGAAU